AUGGAGAAGGUUCUGACGAGGUUAAUCUGGCCAUCACUACGACGGCCCGAGUCUGGCUAUGGCGCGCGGGGCAAGGCAAGUGCCGCAGCCUGGAAGCAGCCGAAGUCGUCCCCUUCAUCCCGUCGCAAGCUGCCCAAGAACCUCCGCUACCCACGGCGCGCCAAGGUGCCGCCGGACUCGGGGGUCAACAGAGCAGCGGUCUUGAAGAAGGUGGAGGAACCGGAGAGGCAGCCUACCGGAACCGCCGCCGGCGACGAGGAAGACAACGGAGAAGCCUUCGACGGCUCAGUGUGGAGCCAAGAGGAGAUCGAAGUCAUAUCCUCUUUAUUCGAGCAGCGGAUGCCCCAGAAAGCCGUGAGACGGCGGAAAGAGAGCGCCGCCCAUGUCCCGCCACCGCGGGGUGCACGGCCAGCGGGGACGCCGGCACCGAAGAGGUACGUCCGGGCGGCGUCUCGGGGGGCGCCGUCGCUGCGGUCGCCGGUCAGCUCUCGCGUCUUCAAGAACCCAGAGGUGCUCGUCCGCAUAGCCAGGGAAAUCGGGGCCCUCCCCGCUGAUGAAGACGCCUCCGAAGUUCUCGGAAGGUGGGGGCCCUUCCUGCGCAAGGGCUCCCUGUCGAUGACCAUUAAGGAGCUGGGCCAUAUGGGUCUCCCGGAGAGAGCGCUCCAGACCCUCUGCUGGGCUCAGAAGCACCGGCCUCUGUUCCCCGACGACCGGAUCCUGGCUUCCACUGUGGAGGUCCUCGCCAGGAACGGGCAGCUGAAGAUGGGGGCGCCCAUGGAGAGAUACCUGAGCUCGGCCAGCCGCACGGUGAUGGAGGCCAUGGCGAGGGGAUUCAUCAAAGCAGGGAACGUGGACCUCACCCGGAAGAUCCUCCUCUUCGUCAGGGACAACAAGCGGGCGCUCGACGCCAGCAUCCACGCCAAGCUCAUCCUGGAGGCUGGGAAGAACCCCGACAGGCUCAGGCUCGCGGAGGUCCUCCUGGACGAGCUCGGGGACAGGGAAGAUCUUGACCUUCGGCCACAGGACUGCACGGCCAUAAUGAAGAUCUGCAUCAGACUGGGGAGAUUCGAGGCGGUGGAGAGCCUCUUCGAGUGGUUCAAGCAGUCCAGAGUGAACCCCACCGUCGUCAUGUACACUACCAUCGUCCACGGGAGGUUCCGCUCGGGGGAUCUCCGGGGAGCACUGGCCGCCGUGUGGGAGAUGGAGGAGCGGGAGCUUCUCCUCGACCUCCCGGCUUACCGGGUUGUGAUCCGGCUGUGCGUGGCCCUUGGGGACCUCGCGAGGGCCGCUAGGUACUUCUCUCGGCUCAAAGAGGCCGGAUUUGCGCCCACAUAUGACAUUUACAGAGACAUGAUCAGGGCCUACGCUGCCGGUGGAAGGCUCGCCAAGUGCCGGCAGAUCUGCAGAGAGUUGGAGACGGCGGGGUGGAAGCUCGACAGAGGGGCCCAGAACCUGUUGCUCCAGAUUGAAGACGGCCUCCUCUCUGAUGAUUGA